GUCAAAUUUUCGUCUUAAAAUCAUCAAAAUUAAAUAAAAAUGACAUCUAUAAUCAGUUAAGAUAAAAUAAAUGGACUUAUCUUUAAGUCUAUUUGGAUCAUGUUCAGAAACGCACAACAUAGUUUCUUUGUUUGCAAACAUCGAACAUAAAAAACGAUUACCACCGGAACCCCAAACUGGGAAUGUUGAAUACAAAUUAAAAUUGAUUAAUCCAUCAAAAAAUCGAUUAGAACACCUAAUAACUCAAUUAAAUUGGAGGCUACAUGAAGGUAGAGGAAAAGCAAUUUAUGAAAUUGGUGUGGAAGAUAAUGGGGUUUUAAAAGGUUUAUCAGAAGAGGAAAUGUCGAAUAGUUUGGAUACCUUAGAAAUUAUGGCGAUGAAAUUGGGCGCAAAAACACAAAUAAUCAAAGAGUACAUUUUAGAUAGUGGCAAGAAAAUCGUUGAGGUUUUAAUUACGAUGUCAUUAAGAGAAAUUAAUUUAUAAAUAAAUAAAAAAAUUGCUCCAUA